UCUGUUCACAGCUGCUGAGAGGCAGAGCCAGCCAGGACAGAGACUUCGGAGCCUGGGUUUUGGGGUUCUGAAGCGGAUUUGGGGAUGCAGGAGCGCAUCCUGGGAGAGAGGGAAAGGAGCUGAGCUGAGCAGCAGGAUUCGCAUCCAAGUCGGGAGCCGCUUUUGGUCGGAAAGUCGGGAAUCGCUUUUGGGCAGGAUGGGCUGCAUCAAGUCUAAAGAACCUAGCCUUCAAAGAAAGACAUCCAAAACCAAUUCAAGCUCCAGCCUCCAAGGCCAUUAUGUCAAAGAUCCAACAUCCAAGCCUUUUAUUGUUUGCCAAGCAUCCUGCUCAGGGAACCUUCAGGGAAAUGAUGGAUCGGAAGACUUUGUUGUCCUGGCUCUUUACGACUAUGAUGCCAUCCACAACGAAGACCUGAGUUUUCGGAAGGGAGACCACCUCAAAGUCCUAGAAGAGUCAGGCGAAUGGUGGAAAGCCAAGUCACUCUCAACUGGCAAAGUAGGCUUCAUCCCAAGCAACUACGUCGCCAGGGUCGACUCACUGGAGACAGAAGAGUGGUUUUUCAAAGGCGUCAGUCGGAAGGAUGCAGAGCGGCAGCUGCUGGCCCCUGGGAAUGUUAUUGGCUCCUUCAUGAUCCGAGACAGUGAGACCACCAAAGGGAGUUACUCCUUAUCUGUAAGAGAUUUUGACAACAGCAGCAGGGUGGACAUCGUGAAGCAUUACAAGAUCCGGACGCUGGACAGCGGGGGCUUCUACAUCUCCCCUCGGAACACCUUCAGCAGCCUCCAGGAAUUAGUUGCCCAUUAUAAAGGCCAAAGCGAUGGGCUUUGCCAAGUGCUGACCAACCCGUGUGUUGCGCCAAAGCCUGAGAAACCUUGGGAGAAAGAUGCCUGGGAAAUCCCCCGGGAAUCCCUGAAGCUGGAGAAGAAACUGGGAGCUGGACAGUUUGGGGAAGUCUGGAUGGCCACCUACAACAAGCACACAAAAGUUGCCGUGAAGACCAUGAAGCCGGGCAGCAUGUCCGUGGAAGCCUUCCUGGAAGAGGCCAACAUCAUGAAGACCCUGCAGCAUGACAAACUGGUCAAGCUGAAUGCUGUCGUGACCAAGGAAGAGCCUAUUUACAUCAUCACAGAAUUCAUGGAGAAAGGAAGCUUGCUGGACUUCCUGAAAAGCGAUGAAGGACAUAGCGUGCAGCUACCAAAAUUGAUUGACUUCUCUGCCCAGAUUGCUGAAGGCAUGGCUUUCAUUGAACAGAGAAACUACAUCCAUCGGGACUUGAGGGCCGCCAAUAUCCUAGUAUCGGGAAUACUGGUUUGCAAAAUUGCAGAUUUCGGCCUGGCCAGAGUGAUUGAGGAUAACGAAUACACAGCCCGGGAAGGUGCCAAGUUCCCCAUCAAAUGGACUGCACCGGAAGCCAUCAACUACGGCUCCUUCACUAUCAAAUCUGACGUCUGGUCUUUUGGGAUUCUUCUGAUGGAGAUCAUUACUUACGGACGGACCCCUUACCCAGGGAUGUCAAACCAGGAAGUGAUGCGUGCCCUCGAGCGGGGCUACCACAUGCCCCGUCCAGAGACCUGCCCAGCUGAACUCUAUGACAUCAUGUUGCGGUGCUGGAAAAAGAAGCCAGAAGACCGCCCCACCUUUGAGUCCAAUCAGAGCAUCCUGGAGGAUUUCUUCACCGCCACAGAAAGCCAGUAUCAGCAACAGCCUUAAAAGACAGAUACGUGAGAAAAUGCUGGGGUGGGAAGGUCCAUGCAGAGAACAAUGCCAAGGUGGACCUCCAGAUUUCCUGGUGGCUUAAGCAGAAGGAGCUUUCUUCAUGUUGCCUGCUUUCAAAGGGAUCUCAAUGGCUACUGCUUGAAACUCUUCCUGCUUAGACUGAAACUUGAUCUAACAAAAACAGUUUAUGCAUUCUUAAUGAAAACAUCAUGAAAAAACCACAGCCAAACAAUGCCGUUUCAGAAGGAAAGUGACAUGCACUUUUUGUUUGAAGUUCUAGGAAAGAGCUUGGAAAAAUCCACAGACUCGCCCAUCUUUGGUGUUUUAUGGCCAAAGCUGGAUGGACAUCUUUCAAGGCUGUUUUAGUUGUGUACUUCUGCAUGGCAGAUCAGUGGUUCCCAACCUGUAGUCUGUGGACCACCAAUGGUCCACAAGAAUGAAAAUAUGGUCUGUGGCCUCAGCAUUACUACACCGUUGCCUUGAAACAACCUGGCAAUGAGAGUGACUGGUCUUGCAAAACUCUUUUAUAGUGUCAAAGCAAUAGAGAUGUCAGGAGAGGAGAGGCUAACUACCCAGGAAAGAUUACUACUACCACAUCAGCUCUAAAUUAGGAAAUAUGGUUUUCUGUGGGCAAGCAGAUGGCAACUACUGGAUGGCAUAUGUUGUGUAACUGGAGCUGGUGUGGUCUAUCCAAUGCAAUUUUCUGAAUCAGCACCCCAAAUAACUAAACUGGAUCUAAAGUUUAUUUUAUUUACAUUUGUACCAUGCCCUUCUCACUCCUGAGGCCAAAAACCGAUGCGUAACCCUUUUGGUAUUAAUGUUGGAGAGAGGUCUCUGGUCAAAAAAAGGUUGGGAACCACUGGACUAGAUAGUCCUUGUGUUUCCUUCCAACUCUUUAAGAUCUAUUGGUUGCGAUACCCAGAAUUCCUCAACCAGCACAGCCAUGGGAGUUGCAGUGAAGUUUUCAUCCUUUGUUUCAAAAUGUUUAAUUGUGUGAGUGUUUGUGUG